AUGCAACUUACCGUCUUCGUCACCGCCCUGCUUGCCUCUGUCGCUUCGGCCAGAACCUUCGUGUUGUACGAACACGCCAACUACGGUGGUGCAUGGAGCACCGAAAACCGUGGCAACGAUGGCACCUGCUGGAAUCUUAACGGCAAGGGCGACAAGACCAGCUCUGUUGGCGGUGACUCCGGAUGCACCACCUUUUACCGGCAAGUAUAUUACUUAAACUCAUUUGCUUUUUAUAUUACUGACGCUAUGAACAGGGAGCGGGACUGUCAAGGUGCACAAUGGCAGAACCGUGGCAGCGCGAGGACGGUUCCCGACUUCCUCAAUGACCACAUUUGGUCAUUCCGCAACCAGUGUUAA